AUGGCGUCUCAGCUCCGGCUCCGCUCUGCGCUGGCCCUGGUUACAGGUUCAGGGGUUCCCUCUCUGGGUGCGGGUAGCGGCAUCGGCCGUGCGAUCAGCGUGCGGCUAGCGGCAGAGGGCGCCGCAGUGGCCGCCUGCGACCUGGACGAGGCCGCCGCACUGGACACCGUGCGGCUGCUGGGAAGCCCGGGGAGCGAGGACGGGGCGCCGCGCGGGAAGCACGCUGCCUUCCAGGCGGACGUGUCUCAGGGCCCCGCAGCCCGACGCCUGCUGGAGCAAGUGCAGGCCUGCUUUUCUCGCCCGCCAUCUGUCGUUGUGUCCUGUGCGGGCAUCACACGCGAUGAGUUUCUGCUCCACAUGUCAGAAGAAGACUGGGACUCAGUCAUAGCUGUCAACCUCAAGGGCACCUUCCUAGUGACUCAGGCUGCAGCCCAGGCUUUGGUGUCCAGUGGCAGUCGUGGCUCCAUCAUCAACAUUAGUAGCAUUGUUGGAAAGGUGGGGAAUAUCGGACAAACAAAUUAUGCGUCCUCCAAAGCAGGCGUGAUUGGGCUCACCCAGACUGCAGCCCGGGAGCUUGGACGACACGGAAUCCGAUGUAACUCAGUCCUCCCAGGGUUCAUUGCAACGCCCAUGACCCAGAAAAUGCCAGAGAAAGUGAAGGACAAGGUAACUGCAAUGAUUCCGUUGGGACACAUGGGGGACCCCGAGGAUGUAGCAGAUGUGGUUGCGUUCUUGGCAUCUGAAGACAGUGGAUACAUCACAGGGGCCGCCGUGGAAGUCAGUGGUAUGAGGCCUUCAUGGGGGGGGGGGGCGCAGGAAAACAGAACCCAGGUUGUAUGA